AUCCUAGCUCUCUUCAACAGGACAACACCUUCGAAUUUGAUGGAACCGUUGAUAAGACCCUUACUUCCCCCCUCUGUGCCAGCCACGAGGUCUCUUCACCUACUACCUUUCCUCGACACCUCUCCCCUCCCCUGACUCUCUCUUGCUCCUGCAUGUGGAAGUGCCACAUGUCGGCGAAUGGCUACCGCAUCCUCCCUCCGUGCAGCGCCACAAAAAUGGUCUCUAAAUGACCUCAGCUCCGAGCUGUUGGCUCUCAUUCUUGAGCAGCUCCGAGAAAUAGACGAGCGCGCCCUUGCUACUGCGCGGUGCUUGUCUAGACGCUUUGAGGCUAUCGCAACUCCAAUUACCUAUCGCACGAUUUGCCUCAACGAGCGCAUUGUUGCCCCAGAUGCCGAAUCGCGGUAUCCUAAUCUCUUGCGCAAUGUGUCGUCUUACACCAAUCACGUCGUCACACGGAGCGAUCUUGACCCUGACGGCAUUCGGCGGGUGCUGGACAGGGUCCAAAGGCUAAAGACAGUGCGGUGGCACUAUGUCGAUGCUGAAUUCCGAUCAGGACGACUCUGGCUCCCGUCAGACGUGCUCAACCCCCAGCAGACACGAUUUAACGGCACGAAACUGUUCGUCGAGGACUUGCCCCUACGAGAAUUCGAGGGACAACUACGGGACACCUACGUCCGAGCGAUUCCCACAGACCUUCUUGUCUCGCUCAAGCUUGCGAGCCCCGCCCCGCCGCUCACGACACGAUUGAAUUCCCUAAAACAGCUGCUCCUACUCUCCCGUCGCCUAGAGAUAUUCCAUUACGAAGACCGUGGGCAGGGAACGAACUUCAAGUUUGUCCAAGGAGAGCGCAUGCCCCCGCUCAAAGACUUGGCCCUCAAGUCUUACGACUGGAACCAUUCGAGGGAGGACACCCGUGCCCAUUGGGACUUUUCUCAGCUCGAGUCACUCGACCUGAAAUACGUGCCCGUCUUCAACUUCCUGUCGACUGUGGAUUUCAAUGACUUGGCGGGCUUACGACAGCUACACUGCGAAGACUUCAGCGCCCACCUAGUUGACAAACGAGACGAAGCAACGGGCGGCUUGUACCUACUAGUGGCCAAUCACAUUCGGGCUUUGCAGACCUUUAAUGUGACGUGCCAUGUCCGUCUUUUCCCGCUAGAUGGCAUUUUGAGACAUGGCGAAUCUCUCCAGGUGCUCAAGUUCCGUGAUCACAUGGGCUUCGGAGAAGAGGAUCGACGGUGCCCAACGCUCUGGGGCGAGGAUAUCGCAAUUUUGGCGCAUGGUCUACCGCACGUGCACACGCUGGAGCUGGAUAUGGACGUGGCCAUGUGCGACCCGACGGAGUUCCUCCGCGCUCUUUGCAGUUUCCGCAGCCUUCAAACAGUCACACUACACGUCCAGACCGUUCUCCACGCUCUCGAGGUUGUUCAUCCAGGGAUGGACCGCGACUACGACGCGGCCUUACGCACAUUCCAGUUUCUGCUGCGAGAGAAGCAGCUCGCAACGCCCGACGUACCCUGGAAGCAAAUCACGAUCAAUGUGGGCGGAUGGCGCAAGGUUAUGGUCCGUCGCUUCAGCGCCGCCUGGCGUCGCCAGAAUGAAAACGGCGUGUAUGCCGAGCGGUGUUUUGUGCUAGAGAGGGCUGAAAACGGACAAAUGUCAUACCGAGAAGAGAUGAGCAUUGAAGGCCGCUCAGCAACACCGACGCCCGACCCUCCGACACCGAAUAUGGACACCGAAUACGACUAAUAAGGGCGAGAAAGGUGCUACGGACCACGUUCGCGUUGCGAGGAACGAGAGCAAAAAGAAUACAGAGAACGCAUGAGAUACCAGGAGGGACAAAAAGAUUACAGCAGGAAGGCAGAAAAACUACUGGAGGCACUAGCAUAUAGAUGGAGGAGACUGACGACGUCAGCACUCUAAUCUUAAUGAUACCAACGAUGUUUAUGACCAUGCACCACUCGCAGCCACCCCCAUCGCAUCACAAGUG